UAAGGCAGAAUCGAUCAGAGAGAGUACGAAAGCCGGAACAAUCAAACCGCGGUUCUCCUUUGAAGUUAUACGCAGAUAAAUCAAGAAUUCAACGUUUUUGUUGGUCGUUAAUUUAUCCUGACUAGCCGGCAGGUUAGUUUGAAACAGUUAAUUAAAUUUGCAAGUAAGAUUUUCGUAUGCGUAUGCAUGCGUCGGGACGCGUUCAACCGCAGGCUCAGCGCAACUCACAUUGCGCCAGAAGUUACGCGUAUCGCAAUAAUUGUUGAAAAUGAUAAGCAUCUCUGUAUCGGAAUUUAUGAUCUUAUGUAGCAGUAUCCUUCUGAUUUUUUUGCUACUGACUGAGGUCUUGGAUUGGACCCAACUAUUUCCAUGGGUAGAAAGCGAUUGCAAACUGACUUCGUUCAAAUACGGGUAUAAAGACCACAAUGGACCUUACAUUUGGAAGAUCCUAUAUCCUGCCUGCAGUGGCAGCAAUCAAUCGCCGAUCAACAUUGCAACGCAGCUCGCAGUCGUAGUGCAGCCUUCAGAUCCCCUCCGAUGGAGUGGUUACAAAGAUGAACCAUUAUCGAUCACUAUAACGAAUAAUGAGAACAAUGUGGUAAUUAAUACAAUGUGGAGCAGCUCUAGGCGACCGUAUAUUGAAGGUGGAUGCUUGGCCAGUGCUUACGACCUUUGCUCGUUAGUAUUCCACUGGGGACAGUCGAACGAGGAAGGCAGCGAGCAUACCAUAGAUUACAUUCGAUUCCCCAUGGAGCUGCAUGUGUGGCACAUAAAGCGAGGCUUCACCUCGCUGUUAGACGCGAGCGCUUCUCAGGAAAAUGACAGCAUACUAAUCAUCUCGUUCCUCUUCCAGAUCACAAAUGCGGACAAUCCUUAUUUGGACCACAUCGUGACGAAUUUAUGGCGAAUCGCUCAACCCGGAACGAAAGCGCACGUUCCACCGUUUCCCCUGGUUUGGAUCUUCCCGACGUUUGAAAAAGAUUAUUACACGUACAAUGGCUCGCUGACUCAACCACCUUGCAGCGAAGUCGUCACGUGGAUCGUGCAGCCCGAACCGAUCGCUAUAUCUUCGUCUCAGGUAGCACAAUUCCGUCAGCUUUGUUCACAAGAAGGUCCCAUUCUAUCUAAUUGCAGACCCGUUCAGCAAGUAAACGAUCGUACCGUAUUCUUUUACACAUAAUCCUCGUCACGAGCAUUCCAUUUUUUAAUCAAAAAUUUCGUGUAAAGUCAUGAAAGUUUGUCUUACAUCAAAUCGAAAUUAU